ACAUCUCUCGGCUGUGACCACGCAUAAUUCAAAAUACAGUUUUACUGGAAAGUGAUAGAAUAAUUCAGAUUUGAAAGAAAUAACGUAAAAACUACUUUCCUAAACCGAUUUUCAAGCCGCCCCAAUUUUAUUAUAAAUCAAUGUUUGUCAUACUUAUUUCGGUAUCGAUAAAAACAGAAACAUUUCGCGCGUUUGAUUGAGGAUCAAGACCUUGGAGCCAGGGAAAACCGAACGUCACGCGAAUAACAAACACGCACGCAAACUUUUACGAAGGUCAUUGGUCUUUACGAUACGACACAUGCGAGCAGUGUAAAUGGUCGUGAUUUCGGUCAUCAUAUGUGUAUCGGAGGAGGCGACCAAUUGAAACAAUUGAAGAAUAUUAAUUUAGUAAACCGGAGUUAUUAAACUGGCCAAACUAAGUUGAUCUAUUAAAUAAUUCUAAUCCUGUCAUCCUUUACUAAAUGGGGCGUAUCGUGAACUCACAUCGGCAGGUACUACGUGAGAAUUUGUCGUGAUGUCUGUGUGCUUAGUGCGAGUUUUUUAACGUUGUCGAUAGCGUAAAAGUUAAGUCAAAUUUGUAGGGAGUUGGAACGUUUGCCUAUGUUUGCCGCUAGGUUUGAAUGAGGCGCUACUAAGCAGCUGAGAAUUCUUCUGGAGCAUCAUUUGAAGAAACAUAUGUCAUAAAACUCAGGAAGCAUGGCGGAAGACGGAUGAAUAGAUUGAAUAGAUUUCAGUCUAGAGUCAAAUGGUAUGUGGAAAAAGUUGAGUAGAAGUGGAUUGAACUAUAGGAGCUCUAUCAUACUUAAUUUAGAAGAUCACCAGUGACCCAAAAUAUGAAGUAGGUGAACUCACAGGCUCAAACUGAGAAAGUUUGCUAACACUAACCCUAACAGGAGAAGUUCCGCCGGAUCGGAAUUAUGGUCCGCUCAGAAUGUCUGGUGGUCACAUUUCGAUAAAGUGGCAUGACACGAGAACCCUCUCAUCGUGGCCGCCGGUAACUACAUUCCCGAUCCUGCGGACAGAAUGGAAAGCAGUCGACCUCGCCCCAAACACCCCAAACACGUCUCUCAGCUAGGUAAGAAAAAAAAAACAGCUCUCAGCUAGGUAAGAAAAAAACCUCGUAGGAGGUUCGGCCCUCUACCCGAAAAAGAAAAAAAAAAAAAAAAAGGUAAGAAAAAAAAAUUCAGGCGAGAAACUCAGUAGAUUGUGUUGUUUUUUACCAUCUAGAAAGUCAGAUGGGUGCUACAUUAAUUAGAAUCAUGUUUGAUGUAAACUUUGUGACGUUAUAGUCAUAAUUACUAAAAAUACAUAAGUAAAGAAAAAAAAACUGAUGAAACUUUAUUCAUGGCUGUAUGCUUAAAACGAACAGAGAUUUUUAAAAAUAAAUGUUCCAAGUGACAUUUGACAGGCACGAAUUACGACAAAAGUCCGGCUUUUGAGUUUAUCUUACCGUUGACGUCAACAAGUUUUAAUUCUGCUAAAGUAACAAGUGCAGAUUUGUACUAAAAGUAGUGAAAUGGAAGGGCUAUUUGCAAUACCGUUUACAGUUUUGGAAAUUCCAAACAUAAAAAUUAAGAAACCAACAUGGCUUCAAGCUCCGUCUGCCAUGACAACCUUUUCACUGGUGUUACUCUCUUACUUUUUGGUUACUGGAGGUAUUAUUUAUGAUGUGAUAGUCGAGCCACCGAGCGUGGGUUCAACGACCGAUGAACAUGGACACAGCAGACCUGUAGCCUUCAUGCCGAAUCGUGUUAAUGGUCAGUACAUCAUGGAAGGUCUUGCGUCGAGCUUUCUCUUCUCACUCGGAGGGCUUGGCUUCAUAAUACUAGACCGCACACACAACCCGACCACACCAAAACUGAAUCGAAUUCUCCUUAUCUCUGUGGCGUUCCUAUGUAUUUUAGUGUCAUUCUUUACCACUUGGAUAUUCAUGCGUAUGAAGUUGCCAGGAUAUUUACAGAAUUAAUUUGUAAGCUAAUUUUGUACUGUUUUAUUUUUGGGCUGUAGUACCAAUAAGUUUUAAUAAAUAUUUUUAUACUCAGUUU